ACGAGUUUUAGUCCCAUUUGGGAAAUUCUCUCAAUAAUUUUUUCGAAAUUCCAAUACUUUACUGCUUCGUGACUGAAACAAUACGCAUAUCUUGGAAUCGAACACGAUUGCGAAGCCGUGUUUGAUUUUCCAUCUUUAUGUAACGUAUUAUUAUAUUCAUGGCUCAAUCAUCUGUCGCUAAUAGUAGUGGCAAGAAGAAGAAGCUUAUUCAUAUUGAUAUUAGUUCAGAUAGUGUAUGCCCAUGGUGCUUUGUUGGGAAAAGAAACCUGGACACAGCUAUUGCCUCGUCAAAGGACCACUAUGACUUUGAGAUUAAAUGGCAUCCGUAUUUACUUAAUCCUUCUGCACCUAAAAAAGGUGUAAGCAAGAAAGAAUUUUAUAAGCAGAAGUUUGGAACUCGAAGUGAACAACUUAGGUUGAGGAUGACUGAGGUCUUCAAAGGUCUUGGACUAGAAUAUGACAUGUCUGGACUAACGGGAAAUACUCUGGACAGUCACCGGCUCAUAUAUUUUGCAGGGCAACAGGGCCAAGAUAAGCAACACAAUCUUGUUGAUGAGCUUUUCAUUGGCUAUUUCACUCAGGGCAAGUAUAUUGGUGACAGGGAGUUUCUUGUAGAAGCUGCUAAGAAGGUUGGUAUUGAAGGAGCAGCGGAGUAUCUCGAGGAUCCGCACAAUGGUCUGAAGGAGGUCAAUGAAGAACUUAAGCAGUAUUCAGCCAACAUAAGUGGAGUCCCACACUUUGUGAUUAAUGGGAAACAGCAGCUAAGCGGUGGUCAAGCUCCAGAAACUUUCUUGAAGGCCUUUCAAGCAGCCUGAAUGCCUUCGGUGAAGUUAUUUGUUGUCCACAAUAUAUUUCUUGCUUCAUUUUCAUUAGAAUUUCGAAGUUGGCAUUCCCAUCAUUAUCUCACUGUACAUUGUUCAACCUAAUAAUAAUGCCAACAAAGUUAUGCAUUGUUGUGACUUGUGAUUAUGCAUGCAAUUAUUCACAAAAUCAUGGCACAACUCUGUAACUUAAUAUCAGGCCAGGUUUGGGUCAAAAUCAUUCAAUAAAGCAUGCAAUUGCAAGGCCCUUUUGGUAACCACUAUUUUAAUCAAAUCCAUAACUUUUGAUUUUGCG